CACAACCUUGGUGUUUCCGAGCAGCGAGGCUUACACACAAUCCUUUGAAUGACUUUGUUUACAAAUUUCCUUCUAGAAGUUAGUAGGAAAAAAUUCCUUCUAAAAUCUCCAAUAAUUUAGUAACUCUUGAAUAAAUAUUGUUUAUAUUAAUUCAGUAUAUUAAGACUCAUAAAAUUUAAAUAAUAAUAAUAACAAUAGUACUUUUAGUUCCGAAUCAAGAUCAUAUUCAUGUUCAAAAAAAAAUAUAGAUAAAGACCAAGAUAAUAAGAAGAACGUAACAUUUAUAUUUGAAAGCGCUUUAUUUUUCAUCUCAAAAAAAUAAUGUGUGCUGAACAGGAGUAAAGAUACCGGUAGACUUGAAAUCAUUUUGUUUUCUACUUCAAAAAAGUAAUAUGUGUUGAAUACGACAACUUUGUUUUCUUCCUCUGGAAAUUAAUAUGUGCUGAAUCCAAAUUAAUGCUCGUGUAGUCGUGUGUGCUUAUUUCAUAAUCCAAAUCAAAGAUUGAAUCGAAUUAGAUUUUAAGUUUUACAUAUUUUAAUGUAUCUUUCAUAAAUGGAAAAUCAUAAACUUUGUUUCUUCUUCUUUCUGUUACUAGUAUCCAUGCUCUUUCUUUGCUCCACUCUGUUUUCAUACUCUGCAGCUUUUCGCUUCUUCUCUAGUUCAGCUUGGACAUGGAGUCACCCUUUUCAUAUUACUGCUGUUCACAAUAAUAUACAACGAAGGUCAGUGCUGAAGUUAACCACUGGAGUCGAAUCAGCGGCUACUUUUAAUCCUACAAGAGUCUCUCGGAUUUCCUGGCAACCCAGGGUGUUCUCGUACAAGAAAUUUUUAACAGAUGAAGAGUGUGAACAUCUUAUCAAUCUGGCCAAGGUAGGGAGCCUUGAAAAAUCAAUGGUUGUCAACGAUGAAACUGGCGAGGGCGAGGCUAGUGAUGUCCGAACAAGCUCCGGCAUGUUUCUUGACACAGCACAUGAUGAAGUAGUUGCCAGCAUUGAAAGAAGGAUAGCUGCUUGGACAUUUCUUCCUACAGAAAACGGGGAGCAAAUGCAAAUUCUUCAUUACGAACAUGGUCAAAAAUACGAGCCUCAUGCUGAUUUUUUUGUUGAUGAUUUUAAUGUUCGAGCUGGUGGCAACCGAGUGGCAACAGUACUUAUGUAUCUGUCUAAUGUUGACAAAGGCGGGGAAACAAUAUUUCCAGCAUCAGAGGCAAAAGAUUUUCAGCCAAAGGAUGAUACUUGGUCUGAUUGUGCUAAAACUGGUUACGGAGUGAAAGCAAAGAAGGGAGACGCAUUGCUGUUUUAUAAUCUGCAUAUAAAUUUAACAGCUGACCACAUGAGCUUACAUGGGAGCUGUCCAGUGGAAAAAGGUGAAAAAUGGUCCGCGACAAAGUGGAUACAUGAAAAGCCUUAUAAAGACGGAAGGGGGAGUGAGUGCAUUGAUGAAGAUGAAGACUGCGCUUUGUGGGCUAAAGAGGGUGAAUGCGAAAAAAAUCCAAUAUAUAUGAUGGGUACUAAGGAUGAUCCUGGAGCUUGCAGCAAAAGCUGUAAUGCUUGCUCUGCAUAGAUUAUAUAUACACAAUUCCAGUAUUAUUACUUGUCACAACUUAUAAGACCGGUCUGGUUCUGUAUACUAA